AUAGACAUUCUCAUGCCUCAGAUAUAUAAGAAGCAAGAUGCCCAUUGCUCGGGAGAAAGGAGGAAGAAAAAUGCUAAAGCUCUGUGUUCUGUUGGCAGUCGUGGCCCUGUCGAGGGGCGGCUCUCCCAACAUCACCCUCUACAGCGGCACGCAGCAGACAGGAGCGUCUCUGUUCCUGACGGAUUACAAUCACGACCUCAGGGAAUUCAACUUCAACGAUGCAGCAGAAUCCCUUUGUGGCCACGGGGCAUGGUUGCUGUACGAAAAUCCUUCUUAUCAACAAAGUGAAUUUACUCAUCUGUUUGUGUCGCCCGGUUUGGAGUGCGAGGACCUGCCGAGCGUUCAGCGUAAUAAGGUAACCUCCCUGCGGUACAUCGGCGUCGGCGACCUGCACAUCGAGUCGAUCACGCUGUACCACGACUACGAGGCCGGCGGCGGGGAGCUCCUGCUGGUGCGGGAUGAGGAUUACACGGAGGACUUCAAUGACAAAACUUCCAGCCUCGCCGUCGUGGGGCCCUCCUCCUGGACUCUCUAUGAGGACCCUUACUUCACGGGCGCGUCGGCGUGCGUCGAGCCGGCUCUCAUCGAAGGUUCUGACGUCUACUUCGGCUUUUUCACCGUCGACGAAGUGGGAUUCCGUGACAACAAACUGUCCGCCGUCAGGAAGGGAUGUCACAGCACCAACGUCAAGGUCUACCGUCCCUAGACCGCAGCUUCGAGGACCGGCCGGGAUGGGGGCUUCAGGGGCACCGGAUACCCGCUCGC